AUCCCUAAUGACCCCCGAAAUCUAGGUUCCCAGCUGGAUUCCAGUUCUACAUGGAUAAAGAAAGUCGUGUAGUAUCAGCAGUCUUGGGAAUAAGGAUAAGGAUUUCGUAUUUAUGGCAGUGUUUAUUGUAAUUAGUGCACACACAUUGGGAUUACAAACACACAUUUGAUUGCAGAAUCCAGAAAAAGAAUCACCCAAACCGGCGUUUAAACACUUCAGUUGUGAAUCAAUUAAUUUAAACUGAUUGAAAUAUUGGUAAAUACAAAACAAAAACAAAAACAAAACAAAAAAACAACAAUGUCUGAAAUGCCAGGAAAAGUCAGAAAGAGACGAGGACCUUAUGGGAAACGAUUAUUGGGUUUAAGCCAGUCGAACAAUAUAGGUUUAAGCCAGUCGAACAACACAGAAAAAAACAAUGAUGUGGAUCGUGUAACGGUUUUAAAGAGACUUCGAAAAAAACUUGAAAUGUCUAGGAAACUAGGAAAAGAGAACGAACUUGACCAGAGGUCACCACAAGUUCAUACAGCACUACCAAAUCAAACACAUACAGCACCCGUACACACCAGUCCUCUACGACAGUCUCCAAGGAAAAUACUUAACAUGGAGGAACCACUCGUACCAUCUCUUGACGAGAAUGUUCAGUUGAUGAACAACAUUACAAUUUCGAGGACAGUCCUCCGGAAUGCUCAUCAGGCUGCGCUCAAACACUAUAAGCCAGCAUUCACUCUGAUGUCAAAGCUUUUGACAGGUCUCUUUACAACCCAGGAGUUGGCUAACUCGAGAGGUCUGGGGAUUGGAUUUAAGAAACCAGGGGAUGAUAGACCAGCCUUAGAUGAAAAAAGGAUCGAGGCCUGUAAAGAAUAUGUCUAUGGCUGGAUGAUGGGCAUGGGUCUGCCAGAACCUUUAGAAAGGGAACUGAACUCGGCAGUAACACAGCAGACUGCAUAUGCAAGAAAAAAACUUCAAAAACAACAACACUUUAAACAGUGGAACUAAAUAACAAAAAGUUGAACUGAAUAACAAAUAGUGGAACUAAAUAACAAAAUAAAUAACAAAAAGUGGACUUAAAUAUCAAAAUAGAUAACAGAAAGUGGAAUUGAAUAGCAAAGAAGAAAAUGUUAUUGUGUCGAAUACAAAUAAAAUUGAAAUCAG